GCAGCCGGGAAGGCGCCUCCCGCAGUCGCUCGGAACUGCGGACCGGAGAGAGCUGUCCGCAGAGGGCCGGCGGCGGGAGCGGAGUGGGUCGGGCGGGGCCAAGCCGGGCCGUGGGCCGUGUGGGGGCCGGGCCAGGCCGGCGGACGGCAGGAUGGGCUGCACCGUGAGCGCCGAGGACAAGGCAGCGGCCGAGCGCUCUAAGAUGAUCGAUAAGAACCUGCGAGAGGAUGGCGAGAAGGCGGCACGGGAGGUGAAGUUGCUGCUGUUAGGUGCCGGGGAGUCAGGGAAGAGCACCAUCGUCAAGCAGAUGAAGAUCAUCCAUGAGGAUGGCUACUCAGAGGAGGAAUGCCGGCAAUACCGGGCAGUUGUCUACAGCAACACCAUCCAGUCCAUCAUGGCCAUUGUCAAGGCCAUGGGCAACCUGCAGAUUGACUUUGCUGAUUCCCAACGUGCGGACGAUGCCAGGCAGCUGUUUGCACUGUCUUGCACUGCUGAGGAGCAGGGCAUGCUCCCUGAGGAUCUGUCCAGCAUCAUCCGGAGGCUCUGGGCUGAUCAAGGUGUGCAGGCCUGCUUUGGCCGCUCGCGGGAGUACCAGCUCAACGACUCAGCAGCCUACUACCUGAAUGACCUGGAGCGCAUUGCGCAGAGUGACUACAUCCCGACACAGCAGGAUGUGUUGCGGACCCGUGUGAAGACCACGGGUAUUGUGGAAACACACUUCACCUUCAAGGACCUACAUUUCAAGAUGUUUGAUGUGGGUGGUCAGCGGUCUGAGCGGAAGAAGUGGAUCCACUGUUUCGAGGGUGUCACAGCCAUCAUCUUCUGCGUAGCCUUGAGCGCCUAUGAUUUGGUGCUAGCUGAGGAUGAGGAGAUGAACCGCAUGCAUGAGAGCAUGAAGCUGUUUGACAGCAUCUGCAACAACAAAUGGUUCACGGAUACAUCCAUCAUCCUCUUCCUCAACAAGAAGGACCUAUUUGAGGAGAAGAUCACACACAGCUCGCUGACCAUCUGCUUUCCUGAGUACACAGGGGCCAACAAGUAUGACGAGGCAGCCAGCUACAUCCAGAGUAAGUUUGAGGACCUGAAUAAGCGCAAAGAUACCAAGGAGAUCUACACGCACUUCACAUGUGCCACCGACACCAAGAACGUGCAGUUCGUGUUUGACGCUGUCACUGAUGUCAUCAUCAAGAACAACCUGAAGGACUGUGGCCUCUUCUGAGGGGCAGCGGGCCUGGCAGGAUGGGCCAUCGCUGACUCUGCUCCCCCCAGUCCCUGAGGAAGAUGGGGGCAAGAAGACCACACUCCCAGCCUGCCUCACCCAGCCCUGGCUGCUUCUCAAAUCUUUCCUCUGUUCCAGUUCCUCUCCCCUCUCUCAGCUCCAGUCUUAGGGGAGGGGUUACCACAGGCCUCUCUAAAGCCUGACUCUGAGGUGCCAGGAGUGGCUAUGGUACCUCUUCCUGGGCAUCUGUUCUGAUUUUCUGACCGUUAUCUUGUUCUGUGGGGGGAGCACAUGCUGAAUCUCCCAAGGCCUGUGUCUGGAGGGGCACCCACUUCUCCAGUCCAGACCCCUAGCUUCGCCCAACACCAGCCCUGACCCAGCCCAAGUCCAAAUGUUUACAGGGAGCCUCCUUCCCACCCCACCCCAUCCCCACCGCUUGGAGGCCCCAAAGGAAAAAGCACAAGAAGCGUGAAACGCCACCAUUCCUGGAGAACACAGUCCACCUGCUCAUUCUCGUAGCUUUUAAAAACAAAUGAAAGUAAAGAAAAAAAAACUGCAAACCUAGAAUUUUAGAGAAAACCUAUUUAAAACUCAGAUCCUGACCAGCACCCUCCCAACCCCUUUCCAGUGAUUCCGUGCCUUGAGUGUGUCUGCGUGUUUACACCCAUCCAUCUGCUCGCCACCCCUGUGCGGGCAGCACCCCGCCCUGCCCUCCACGGAAUUGGGUUCCAAGGGCUGUUCCAGACAACUGCCAACAUCACAGAGGGCCCUACCCCGUGGCCCUGGGCCCAGGCUCCAUUAACCUAAAUGUAGCUCCUUAGCGCUAACCUAGGAACCGCCGCUGCCUGCUGAGGGGCCAGGCCCCUCAUGCCCUCGCCCCAGGCCCGGGUCCUUCAGCGUUGAACACUUCCUUGCUUUUUUCACGUUUUAUGGAAUUGUUCACAUGGUUUGAAAUAAUAAAAUGUAGAAAGAAAAAAA